AUGUCUUAUCUCGCAACUUGGUCAUUACUAGCGGCGGCGUUGGCCCCUGCGGUUCUCGCAACCCCACUUUCUACCAAUCCUUACAAUAUUCCCAGUCGGCCGCAACUCAAGGUUGCGCCGUUAAUAGUUGCUGACCAUCCAUAUGGAACCGUCAAUAACUCGUAUAUCGUGGUUCUUCGCGACGACAUGCCUCAGGCUGUGAUGCAGAACCACCUCAACUUUCUCCAGAUGGCUCACACAUCUGACUCACUCCUUGGUAAUGGGUUUGCAGAGGGCCUCCGUCACCUUUAUGACGGACACGUCAAAGGUUACGCUGGAGAGUUCACUGAGAACGUCAUUGAGCAGGUCGACUUCGUAGAGAAGGACCAAAUCGUGCGGACCAUGGAGAUUGCCACCCAGAGGGGCUCGCCUUGGGGUCUCGCUCGUGUCAGCCACCGGUCCAAGCUCAGCUUCAGCACAUUCAACAAGUAUCUCUACAACUCCGAGGGUGGUGAGGGUGUUGACGUCUAUGUCAUCGACACUGGUAUCAAUGUCGCCCACAACCAGUUUGAAGGUCGCGCCUACUGGGGCAAGACUGUCCCUGCCAAUGACGUUGAUGAGGAUGGCAAUGGCCAUGGUACCCACUGUGCUGGUACCAUUGCUUCCAGCAAGUAUGGUGUCGCCAAGAAGGCAAACGUUAUCGCCGUCAAGGUGUUGGGUUCCAACGGUAGUGGCACCAUGGCCGAUGUUGUCUCAGGAGUUGCAUGGGCAGCUCAGUCGGCUGUAGACAAGCUUGCAGCUGCUCGCGCUGAGUACGCUGCCACGGGCAAGACCAAGCACAAAGGAUCAGUUGCAAACAUGAGUCUUGGUGGUGGAAAGUCACCCUCUCUUGAUAUUGCUGUUAACCGCGCGGUUGACGCUGGUCUUCAUUUUGCCGUUGCUGCCGGCAACGACAACAAGGACGCGUGCAAGUACUCCCCUGCUGCAGCUGAAAAUGCCGUGACCGUCGGCGCCUCCACGCUCAGCGACGAGCGUGCAUACUUCUCCAAUCACGGCGAGUGUGUGGAUAUCUUCGCUCCUGGUCUUAACAUUCUGUCUACGUACAUUGGAAGCAAGGAUGCCAUCGCUACCCUUUCUGGAACCUCAAUGGCUUCUCCUCAUACCGCUGGCAUGCUCGCAUACCUCUUGUCGAUUUACCCCUCCACAACCUUCAACCCUUCCUUGAGCUCGACCCUCCUUUCUCCCGCACUUAACUUCGUUCGCCCUUACGCCUCCGUCUACUCUCUGUGCCACGCUGCCCUCCCGCGCUGGAUGACCGAAUUCCUGCCAUCACCCCAAAUCUUCGUCAACGCGCCCAUACCUGGCGGCCCCGCUGAGAUCUCCCCGAAGGCGCUCAAGAAAGCUCUUAUCGACCUCGCAACGCCGAACGUGCUCACUGAUCUCCCCGCGCAGACGGUGAACUUGCUCAUCUUCAACAACGCUACCUCCUAA